AUGUCGCUAAGAGCGUCUGCACCCUUCGAGCGAGGUGAGUUUCAAGAAGAAGAGGAACCUCUUGAAACGGAGCCCGAUGUCGUGGCAACGCCUCGAGUGUCGGAACCUCUUUCGUCCCCGUUAAAGCGCGUUCGCCCUGGUCCUGGUGUUGAAAUGAUGCCUUCAAUGUCUCCCGGAGGCAACAACCUGCCUCAUCCCCCGCUCCAGGAUAUUCGCGAAGAAGACGAUGGAAACUCCUCGGGUGUAGUCCAGCAAUCUACCCCGAUGUCACGGAGGUUUGGCGGUCGACAGCACGCCCUCGUGGCCUCAGAAGCACCCAUUCUGUCUUCAGCCGCAGCGCAGGUUUACCCCGAGGCAUUAGACACAGGUGCUCUGAUCACUCGUGCGUUUGGUGAACGGAUUGUGACUUUGUUAGCGGCCGAUCCCUGGGGGGACCGGCAGGAUGGCUUUGAUGCCAUCAAACUCGCAGUCAAGAAGGCAGAUGUGUCGACGAUUGAGCCCGUAACUCGGCAGCGACUGCUUUGUGCAUCGCUGGCAGCAGUGCAAUGCGGAGUGGAGGAUCGAGUUGCUCCCGUUAUGUUCUGUGCACUCGAGUGCUUACGCGCAGUUCUCAAGGAAUUCGCGCGUGUGCUACCCGACGAACGCAGUGUUGAGCUGAAAAGUGCGGCAGUUCUCAACAACCAAUUGUCAUCUCUUGUCGGUGCUCUGGUGCGGAAGCUUGGCGACUCCAACAAGCGGACGCAGCGUGAAUCCACACAAGCUUUAAUCCGAGUUGCCCGUGUGCGAUCACUGCGAGCUCUUCCUCACUUGCUGCUGCACUUGAGUGGACGCGAGGUCCCACCUCGACGACAGCUCGAGACGUUACGCCGGUUGAUGCAGGAGCUCGGUCUUUCCAACUCCACUGAGGCUUCACCCCACCAGCAACAGCUGACAGCGGAGACCGUGCUCGAGUUUGUCGCCCCAAGCCUCAAGAUCGCCGAGGAGAAAACUCGGAAGGCUGCCGUGGAGAUUCUCGCUGACCUCCAGACUCGAACGGGAAACUCGACUGCCUGGCACGCGCAGCUAGCACGAGCGGGGGCAGUUAAGCCGGAAAUGCUCCGCGUGAUCACGCGCCGAGUUGAAGAACUGCUAGCAAAGCGUGAAGCGCAGCAGGCAGCCAACUCGCCAGUAGCUCCAGGAAUGGGCACCACUGCCACCAACCAGACGGAAGAGCAAGCCGACGAUGAAGCCGCCUUCCCUCCGGCAGAACUCGUCGACGUCCCCCAAGAAGACGCCCAGUCGAGCAUUACGCUGCUUGAGGCCUCGUUGCUCAACGCCCAGAACGUGGUUGGGCCGGUCUGCUGGCGAAAGCUUUCGAGCAAGACAUGGAGCGACAGAAAGGAGGCUCUCCUCGAUGCCGAGAAGGCCAUGACAGAGGCCAAGUCCGAUCUGCGCGACACUCGACCGGCAUUUGGCAGUGAUGCUCAGAGCACAUUUGUGGCUUACAGCGCCUUGUUGCACCGAGCGCUUGGUGACAGCAUCGCUCCAGUGGUGAACACUGCAUUGGACGCUUUCGCCACAUUGGUGAAGAUUUAUGGGCCUCGAGUCGAAUGGCGUGAGGCGGAUGUACGUGACAUUACGCUGCUGACGCUGCUUCGGUUGCUCGCAGCGAUGCAGAAGCCCAACACACGCACGACUCGCGCUGCGUGCCGUGGAGUCCUCAAGUUGGCGCGGCUACCCAAUGCUCGUCAUCCGCUUCGAUACGUGCUCUCGUGUAUAUUCGGUGGCGAGGGCAGCAGUGCCUGUGAUCCUCAAGUGCAGAUGCAUCUACUCCGUCUCCUGGUACCGGAGUUCGGAUUCCAAGCCGACGGACUGGGCGCCUCCCGUGUGCUGGAAGCUGUCAGUAAGGGCUUGACCCACAGCAGUGCUCGCGUUCGUCGCUCCGCUGCGGAUGUGGCUUUAAGUGCACAACGGCUUCUGGGUCGAGACUUUGUGCUCGCAAGACUGCAAGGGGUCAAGCCCGUGACUCUCAAGGAGCUCGAAAAGAGCUUCGUGGAUGGAAUUGGGGGAUCCGGUGGCGGUGAACGACCACAGACUGUGCAUGCAACAGCGGCCGAAGCCUCCGCGCCUGCAGCUAUUGGUGGGUCGGAUCUACCGCCCGUGACUUUCGGCGGAUUGGGAGAGUUUUCAUCCCGACGAUUACUUAGCAGCGCGCCUGUGGGCAACGGCCGGUUGCAGUGCGCGCCGUUGUAUGAGGAAGUUUCUGCAGGUCCGAGUGCUCCAAGUCGCGCUUCGAUGUUGAGCAACGAGGAAGAAAACUUGAUGGACGCGAUCCUCGGUGCAGACGAUUUCUAA